AUGGUUGUAGACACAGAAAAUCCCGUUGUAGACAUUUUGGGGGUUGUAGACAAAAAUAAUUCAGUUGUAGACAGCCCUUUAGUUGUAGACACUAAGAAUAAAAUGUCUACAACCGAACCCCAAGAAAAAGUUGUAGACAUCAAGGAAGAAAUUAAGGUUGAAACAGCCGAAAUAAAAAUAGAUAUAGAACUUGUGGAACCCUCAAAUGUAGAACCCAAACCUAAUAAUGCAGAAUCUUGCCCUCAUUGUCCCGAAUUAGAAAAACAAUUAGAGCAAUUGAAUCACAAAUUGGAGAUUAAAAAAGAGUCAGAAGAAAAAUUAGUAAAAGAAACGAAAUUACUAGAAAUCCAAAAAGAUAAGUAUAGACAAAUCGUCCAGAAUUUACAAGUCAGAAAUAGGUCUCUAAUACAAAAUAUUACGAAAUUAGAAAACCAAAGCAAAAGCAAAGAUAAUUAUCAACCAAUACCUAAAUCAACCAAUUUUAUCUCACUUUUUUACAGUAAAGAUUAUAAAAAGUUUGUUUCUCAUUCUUGCACUGACAGUUGCUGA